UAGCGCCCCGUGCGGGGGGCGGUGGCGAGCGGCGCAGCGGCGCGGCGGGCCCGGGGCGCCGGCGUCUCGGAGUCUCAGCGCGGGGCCAUGAGGCACCUGCCAUACUUCUGCCGCGGGGAGGUGGUGAAGGGCUUCGGCAGGGGCUCCAAGGAGCUGGGUAUCCCCACCGCUAACUUUUCUGAGCAAGUAGUUGAAAGCUUUCCAUCUGAUAUCCCUACUGGUAUAUACUAUGGAUGGGCCUGUGUUGGAAAUGGAGAUGUGCAUAAAAUGGUUUUGAGCAUAGGAUGGAAUCCCUUCUAUAAGAAUAUUAAGAAAUCAGUGGAAACACACAUUAUCCACACCUUCAAAGAAGACUUCUAUGGAGAAAUUCUUAGCAUAGUCAUAACUGGAUAUAUUCGACCAGAAAAAAACUUUGAUUCCUUAGAUGCACUCAUUUCAGCAAUUCAGGAAGACAUUGAAGAAGCAAAAAGACAGCUGGAUCUACCAGAACAUCUUAAACUCAAAGAAGAUAAUUUUUUUCAUCUGCCAGAAGGCAAAAUAGUAAACAACCGCUGAGAGAAAACCCAUAAAGCAGUUUUUUGAAUAUGUCUUACAGGAUGACUCCAAUUUCAUGCUAGAAGAAAAAUGAUGAUGGUCUGUCAUUCUGAUAUUCUACUACAGCGCAAGCUAAGAAUAGAUCACAGCAAAGGCAAUCAUCACCUCUUUCUGCAAUAGUAGCUUUCUUUGAAGCCUCCUAAGUGAAAGUUGGUUCCAAGCGACUGGAGAGAUUUGUCCAGAUUACAGCUGGAGGUAUUCCACCUGCAGGCACAUUUGAGACAGAA